AUGCCCUCGCCCCCCUCUUCCUCCCAAAUAUGGUCCGCCCUCUCCGUCCCCGGCUGCCUCCUCUCCGACGCGGACGCGCGGCCUGCCAUGCCAGGCGCGUGUGUGCUUGCUGGCGGGGUAGCGUGGGCGGUGGAUUCUGAUGCGGGGGUUGGGGCGCUCUUCGCCGCGGCUGCAUCGCCCUCUCCGGGGUACAACCUCAACACGACCCUCUGGACAUGUGCCAUCCCCAACGGCAUCCCCGCGGGCGUGGCGGCCCUCCGCGCGCAGCUCGCCACCAACGCAUCGAUAAAAGUCGUGGGAUGCGUCUUCUAUGCCGCUACCAGCGGCGUGGCCGCGUCGUCGGCGUCGCCAUCGCCAGUUCCGCCUGCCUCAACGACAAACUGCACCGCCAGUCUAUGUGUUCGCUCUCAGGCCACACCUAUCCGCCCACCAUGGAAGGCAGCUACUGCCCUCACGGCGCUCGUGGCAGCGUACGCACUGCAACGCGCAUGA